UUCCGGCCUCUGCCCCCUCCGCCCCGCCCCCGGCCCUUUGUCUCGCUGCUGCCCACGCUCCGGCGAGUGGCCGCCCUGGGCUGGGAGGCUCCCUGAAUCCUCCCGGCAGCAUCCUCCCACUCUCUGGUCAGGGUAAGCCCGGUCCUCCUCCUGGAUAUCCUCCAACAAUUCAUCUCACCUCUUUGAGCCUCAGUUUCUAGGUCUGUAAACUGGGACUAGCAUUGAAUCUCAGAGCGGUCGUAGAAAAGAAAGUGCCUGGAGUCGAUGUCCAGGGCUUCCACUUGGGUCAACUGCAGAAGGCGUGAGGACUCACUGCCCAUUUCCCUCUAUUUUUGAGCAGAGAAGUGGGACCCUCCCACUUCCCUCUCUCAGAUGAGAGCUCUGAUUGUCUUGUAAGUGAUAAGAGAUCCUUGUGCCUGAACUGUGAAAGCCACCUGCUAAAAUAAUAACGAAGGCAAAUGAACCUCUUGGGCAGGGACACAGAGCUAAAAUUUGAUUUAUAGAUGACUUUCAUGACCAGUCACUCAGGAGCAAGGGAAUAUUCUUUUUUUUUUUUUGUUGUUGUUGUUUUUGUUUUGUUUUUUGAGAAAGGGUUUCUCUGUGUAGUUUUGGUGCCUGUUCUAGAUCUCGCUCUGUAGACCAGGCUGGCUUUGAACUCACAGAGAUCCGCCUGGCUCUGCCUCCCGAGUGCUGGGAUUAAAGGCGAGUGCCACCGCUGCCCGGCCCAAGGAAAUAUUCUAUCCACAUUUUUUCAAAUACAGCUAAGUUUCUUGUUGUGGCCACACCGUUCCUUAGUAGGUCGAAUUGGGAUUGCAAAUUUAUACAGAUCACUUCUUGCAGCCUCACACUUGGGCUUAUGUCUUAGAAACCACUAAUUAACUGAUCACUUUAACUUAAGAUAAUAAGAAAAUCUAGAUGGCAAGUGAGGAUUUAAAAUCCACAGGAAAAACUAGGGUUAGGGACACUGCGUCUAACCCAGCACUCAGGAGUUUAGGCAGGUCGAUAACCCUGAGUUCCGAACCAGUCUGGGCUACAAUGUGAGUACCAGGUCAGCCUGGGCAAGACUGAUCUAGUAAAACAGCGAGACUCUGUUUCCAAAAGUCUCAAAACAAUGAAAUUCAUGAUACAGACCUUUUCAUCAAAAUACGGAGCGCGGGCCCGUUUUCAGGACCACGGACAGCGCACACAGACCUGCUCUCUCAUAUUAUUGGUGCUGAAAAUGGUUCUCUGACUGCUCAAGAGGGGACUUAAUUAGCUUCAGAAUUUACAAACCCUGUUCCGCAUCCGUCAUUUCAUUCCUCACCGGCCUCGCCUUCAAGGUGAUCAUUAUUGGCUCUGUGACACAGAGGAAGCAACCGAGACUUAGGAGGUCCAUGAGACACCGAAAGUGGCGAGAACCAGCUUUGAUUUCGGCAGAAUGACGCUGGAGCAGAACCAAGUAUAUUGAGAGGGCUGUGGCAGUGUUUCAGGAACACCGGGCUGCUGUGAAAAUGGGAGGAAGGAAGGGCAGUGAGCAAGGAGACAUCUUCCCCAGGAAGUCUGCACCCUGAGAAAGAGAAGAGGUAUCCUACCCAAAAUGGUUCCAGCAGUCUGAGUACUUCUCUUUGAUAUCAAAGACUCAGGCAGUGGAUUGUUGAGAGUCCUCUUGGUGGGCGCAUCUGAAGGGUAAGGUGUUGCCAGAUGGAUGAUGUGCCUACUUGGAGCUUUCUGGAGAGUUAUAUGUGUCCCUUUAUGGAGAAUCUCCCAAGGCCUGGAACUUAGGCUCACCUUAUAAUAAACCUACAUGGUCACCCACACCAUGUGUUUAUAAAGCGCCUUUUCAUCUGGGGGUGGAAAUGAACACCCUCACUUUGGAGCUGAGAGAACCAAAGCUCUGAGAGCUCCUACGAGCUGGCCAGUAUCACACAGUGAGAUGAUGGACCCAGGACCAAAGCUCAGGCCUCCUUAGUCCAGCCUGUGGAGAUCAAUAUUCAAAGGCUGACAAACCCAGACAUGGAGUUUCCCUGGAAAAUGCCUUGGUUUUGGAGACUGCUUCUGGAAACUUCAGUUUUCUUAUAUGAAAAAAAAAAAAAAAAAAAAAGAGUCCAGGCUUCUGUUAAGGUUGAGGUUGUAGCAAUGAAGUACAGAGAGAGAUUUCAAGUGAAAUUAAUGAAGAUAGUCAAAGCUGAGGGUGGAGAGUACAGGAGGAAGGAGGUGGAGGAAGAAAACUCACCAGAAGCGGCUGUGGCGGUCCUGUCGGGAGGAGAAGCCAGAGACCUCCCUGGAGCCCUUCAGACCCUGAGGAGGAAGGCUGACAGAGAAUGUCCACUCGAGGUCCUGAGAGAACAGCAUCCCCUGCAGUACAGGUGGGGUCUGUGGUUCUUCAGGAAUGACCGAAGCCGGGCCUGGCAGGACAACCUGCAGCUAGUCACCAAGUUGAACACUGUGGAGGACUUCUGGGCGACGUACAGCCACAUCAAGUUGGCCAGUAAGCUCUCCUCUGGCUGUGACUACGCUCUGUUCAAGGAUGGCAUCCAGCCCAUGUGGGAGGACAACAGGAACAAGCGGGGUGGCCGCUGGCUGCUCAGUCUCGCCAAACAACAGCGCCACAUUGAACUGGACCGUCUGUGGCUGGAGACGUUGCUGUGUCUGCUUGGGGAGAGUUUUGAAGAGCACAGCAAGGAGGUGUGUGGGGCUGUGGUCAACAUCCGCGCCAAGGGAGACAAGAUCGCCGUGUGGACGAGUGAGGCGGAGAACCAGGCGGGAGUGAUGCACAUCGGGCACGUGUACAAGGAGCGUCUGGGCCUCUCUACGAAGACUAUCAUUGGGUACCAGGCCCACACAGACACUGCUGCUAAGAGCAAUUCCUUAGCCAAGAACAAGUUUGUGGUGUGAGGUAGACUUCAGCCACCACUCACGGGACGCCCUCUUACUGCUGUUUGGUGCACAGGGAAGACUAAACUGUGGGUCCUGGGGCCGACAGCUUGGCUCUUUACCUGUCUUGGAACACACAUAAGCACCCUCACCCCUUAGAUAAGGUCUCACUAUGUUGCCCAGGUUAACUUCGUAUUUUUUUUUUUUUUGCCUUAAGACAUCCUCCUGCUCCAGACUAAAUAACUGGGAUUACAGGAGCUCACCAUUGUGUCUGGAUUCAUGAUAGUUUUCUUCAACAUUUGUUGGCCCAGUCCUUGUGGCAGCUGGCCAAUACUUAUAAACCACACUCGAUCCCUAGCUCUGUGUGUGGCCAUUUGGCAAAGGCAGGGUGUAGCCAAGUCCUGGCUCAACCCCGCCAAAUGAGGACAGGAGAAUCCCGUGGCCAACACUUCUCUGUGCCUGCCUGGGAAGAGGACCGGGUGGCUCGAGGCACGCUCUUCUGCUUGGGAGAUGUUAAGAGUAGUUCAGUUCUUUGUAAGCACAAAAACUUAUGGGUUACCCCUCACCAGAUCUGUAGUUUGGGUGCCCAUCCUAAACCCUGUCCCUUCCCUAGACCAGCUGUGACUUGGUCCUAGGAUCGACCGCCCUCCCUACCCACCAUACCCCAAGUCCUGGAGUAGGUUAGAGGGAAAACAUGGAGAUUUGUAAAGACGGGUGAGCUCUGGGGACCGAGAAAGCCUGCACAGUCCUAUCAAGACAGGAUGAGGGUCCCGUGGGUUCUGUGUCUCCUGCCUUAGGGCGGGCUGAAGUACAUCAGUGGAUACACCAUAGCACCGUGAAGAAAUUACUGAUGAUGGU